GAAACGUCUGCGGAAUUUAGUUCACUCAAUCGAGUUACGCCACUGUGUAUACGUUGUGUUUAAAGCUCACAACAGUGGUCAUGCCGGUUGUAAUUUUAGGUUAAAUUAUUUUGGCGUGAGAUUUUUCGCGUAGUUUAAUAAUAAAAUAAUAAGAUAAUAUAGAAAACAAAAAAACCUGGAAUAUAGCGGUUUAAAAAAAAAUUAGAAAAAAAUGGACAAUAAAAUAACGAUAUGCGACCCCGACGAAGAAGAGGAAUUAGAAAAUGAUAUAUUGCGUGAUAUGGAACCAGUUAUGUGGAUCAAUGACGAUCCGAACUACGAUUUGGACGAGAUUAACACGUUUUUUCACAGAGUUGACUCAGAUCAAAUCAUAUACGAGGAGAAGAAGAAAAGGUGCAAAUUUAUCGGCAAAUAUGUCAUGGGCGACGUUCUCGGCGAGGGUAGUUACGGAAAAGUUAAGGAGGUUCUAGAUUCGGAAACGCUCUGUCGACGAGCCGUCAAAAUACUGAAGAAACGAAAACUCCGAAGGAUACCGAACGGAGAACAAAACGUUCAACGGGAAAUAAAAUUAUUAAGAAUAUUGAAGCACAAAAAUGUAAUAAAUCUCGUGGAUGUUUUAUGUAGUGACGAGAAAGAGAAGAUGUAUUUAGUUAUGGAAUUCUGUGUUUGCGGGUUACAGGACAUGUUGGAAAGCACACCAGCCAAGAAGCUUCCGCUUUGGCAGGCGCACGAUUAUUUCUGCCAGUUGUUGGACGGUUUAGAAUAUCUUUACAGCAAAGGAAUAGUUCACAAGGACAUAAAACCUGGCAAUUUGUUACUAGCUCUAGAUGGUACAUUAAAGAUUAGCGAUUUUGGCGUCGCAGAGGCGUUAGACAUGUUUUCCAAAGACGACACAUGUACAAUAGGUCAGGGAUCGCCGGCGUUUCAACCACCAGAAAUCGCGAACGGCUGCGAGAGUUUCUCAGGUUUUAAAGUAGACAUAUGGAGUAGCGGAGUUACAUUGUACAACAUAACAACAGGUCAAUACCCUUUCGAGGGCGAUAAUAUAUACAAGUUGUAUGAGAACAUUGGAAGGGGUGAAUAUAGUAUACCGAACGAAAUAGAAGAUCCUCUGAAAUCGCUCAUACAGGGAAUGUUGCAGAAGGACGCGGAUAAAAGAUUUACAUUGCAACAGGUUAAGAGACACGCCUGGACCGUUUGCAAGCACCCCAAAAUGCAUAAGGAGGUGCCCAUACCGCCCCUGAAAAGCAACUCGUGCCACAGUAUGACCGUCUUACCAUACCUGUUGGAGUAUCAUUGCGGGAGCGAUGAUGACGACCCUGUUUAUUAUACGGAACAUCAGCUGAACGAAGAGAGAAGACUUCAAGAGUUAGAUCAUAUCAGCGAGGAUCAGAAAACCACGUGUAACAGCCAUCAUAUCAAACCCAACGCGAACAGUCAGAACAAACGGAGAUGGCGCAAACCAAUCUCGUGCAUAAGUAUGAAGAGAUUUCCGUCUUGCAAACCGUCGUGAUUUCGACGAUCGUUUCGCGUGUUUCUUCGCUUGUAUAUUGCCGACCGAGUCGGUCGCUAUAAAGCUUCUCCGUGUCCAAGACCGAAAGCUUGAUAAUACGCGCUGUGAGCGUAUACGUUACACGUUACGCGAUUCAGCGUGUAACGCAGCACGAAUAGAACGUAACGCUUUUGAAGUGUCGCUUCAAAAGUGUCGAAUGAAAAAGAAAAAAAAAAAAAAAACGUUUGUGAUAUUAAGAUUAAAUAGCAUAUAGAGAUAACAAUUCACGACAACCUUAUUCGUCAUACGAUAUACUACGAAACGUCUGUUCAAAUUUACAUUUAUCUUUCGGUGCCAUAUUGAUAGUGCGAUUAAUAAAUAUGUUAAUCGUAAAAUAAUUCUGUUUUAUUUUUAUUUGAACUGUGUGUGUGUGUGUGUGUACGACGGGAAAACCGACGAAAAAAUGUAAGCAACAUCACGCUAUAAACCAAAUUUAUAUAUAAACGAAAAUGCAUUAAAAAAAAAUAAAGUUAUGAAUAUAUUAAAAAAAUAUUUUUAAAAUAAAAAAAUAUAUUUAAGAGGUAAAAAAGGUCUGUGACUAGAUAAACUAGUAAUUUUCUAGAGAAUUAUACACAUAUUAUAAUCGACACGUAAAAAGUUUCAGAAUCACCCUAAAGAUACAUUGCAAAACAUCUCAAACCUGAUAUUUUUUUUGCGUUUUUCACAAGGUGCCUAAGUGACUAGUCGAAAGAAUUCGGGCUCGCGUCCCUCAAAUCAACGCAAAGUGACCGCGUGUUUGUGUAUUUUCGCGUUUAGAGAGAUUUUCAGUGUUUUAUUUCGUUUGUCGGUCAUUUGAUCUCGAACGAAGAAAAUGUGGAUCAGUUACGAAGUCGUCGGUGUCCGUUUCACGGAGAAGUGGCUACGAAUAAAGUGGAGGUCAAACUAACUUUAUUACGCGUCAGGUUUGUUUUAUCGUUUUCUACGUUCUUGUUUCUAUCUAAAGCUCCACUUUUCCACGUCUUGCUAACACGCGUGAUUGUUGCUCGUAAGUUUUGCUUUGCAGAUCUCAUAAAAUACCGGAAGAGACACUUGCCUUUCAGCGCGUUAAAACGUUGCAAGUGAUUCGAACAAGGAAACGCGACACAUUUUCUAGGAAAAGAAUCUAGUCUUCGGCCUCGUCUAGAACAAGUCACGAUCUACUGAGAGAGAGAGAACCGGAAGAAGAUUCAAAAGACAAAUUGAUGUAUCUCGGAAAACAAUAAAUAACACUUAGAAGAUGUAAUCAAGCUUCUCUCACAGAUUUCCUGAUUGUCCAUCCUGUGCAAUUUCUUUUUAACAAAAACGUUUUUUUUUUGUUUUUUUAAAACAAAUUGUGCACAUUGACAAAAGAAACGUCUAAAAACUGACAGACAGUACAGGACAGUGUGUGGUGCAAAGGUGAUCUGUUUUUGCAGCUGUAAAUGAAAAUCUUAUAUGUUACCACUACACCAAUUAUUAUUUAAUAGCUCCACUUAUAUAUUCCAAUCUCGUUAUGUAUAUAUUGUACUUUAUAUUACAAACAAGUGUUUUGUUUUUGCUGAAACUACACUAAAUUCAAUUCGAUCGCCAAUUUACUCUUCUUACUUUUCUCUUGUCACAUUUCAAGAUGUGAUAAGACUCUACAUGUGAUCUUGCUUAAAAUAAUGUACAAUAUAACAACGAAAUUUAAUUGCAAUUUUUGCAAACAUAUCAAAGUUGGUUUGGUUAAAAUCUUCGACGAAGCGUUUUGGGAGACAAUAAAUUUGGAAGAAUAUUAAAAGUGCAAUUUGAUCUCACAAAAGCAAAUCCUGAGAUUUUGAUCGGAAAAACUAAAUAUCAGCAAUAUUAAUUCCCAGUCCCUUUCUGUAACUCGUAAUAAUUUCGUAUAUCGUUGUCGUAUCGUUGCGCAUCAAUACUUUUGUCUGCGCAACAAUUCGUAAUGCAUACACUAUUAGAACUUACAGAAGACUAGAGCUGGUGAGCUGGUGAUUGAGAAGAUAUAGAUUUUCUUCCAUAUUUAUAAUAAUAAAAGAUGACGAUUAUAUAAUCUUAAAUGUACAAAUAAGUUAUUAAGUAGUCUACAUACAUAGUAGCUCCUUCUUAAAUCAGAAAAAUUUCCACUCGCUUUCUACACGUUUGUCGCCAUUUCCCAUCGAUAUAAAAAAGUUAUGUCGUGAAUAGACGUGUUUACGACAUUUAUUUUGCUUUUUCCUUCUUGAACAAUCGGGACAAUUGGUCUAGGCGCAAAAGAAGAAAGAAGCGCUCGGAUUCACCUCUCAAUUUUCGAUUUUGCUUCGAUCCCAAAAGAAUUUCCGAGUUUAAGAAGA